AGAUGGAAUAUUACCCAGCACGAACACAACACUGACCAGAAGCAACAUACAUCCAAGAACCAUGUCCACCACGGCCAACGACAACCUCAAACCGCUAACAUCUCUCCCUUUCCCACCCGUCACUCCAGCGCAUAUCCUAAAUUGCUCCUUCCACUCAUGGUAUCCCCGUUUCCGAUCUCUGACACCCAAAUCCCGUCUUAUUCCCCUCUCCCAGCCAUUUCUGGACUAUCUGCGUGCCGACGGCAUAAUAUUGCCCCCUGAGCACGGGCCCAGCGACGCAGAUAGUGGAUUCGAAGACGGGUUCCAGAACGACGACGACGAGGAGAGUGAAGAUCCUUCGGAACAAUGGGCCGACAUCCACAGCAAGAUCCGCUCUACGAUAUCGGAACUGGGAGGCAAAGUGAUGCCGAAACUGAACUGGUCGGCGCCCAAGGAUGCCACCUGGAUCGCGACCACAAAUGACAUGGAAUGUCGAACGCCAAAUGAUGUCUAUCUGUUGUUAAAGUCGAGCGACUUCAUUACGCAUGAUCUGGAGCAUGCUUUCGACGGAUGCACUAUCGCAGACCAUUCCCAGGGCGACGACCGGCGCGACGUACAGGAUGAUAAUGACAAGGGCCCUGGCAAGGAAAAAGCAUUUCCUGAAGUUCCCUACCAUCUUGUACUACGGAAAGCAUUUAACCUGAACCCCUCGCUCGAAUUUCGGUGUUUCAUCCGCGAGCGGAAACUCAUCGCAAUAAGUCAACGAGAGAUGAACCACUUUGAUUUCCUCUUCGACCUGCGAGAUCCAUUCAAAAGGUUGAUCCGGGAGUUUUUAGAGCAACACUUGCUAUCUGGUAGCGGUGGAAAGGGUUUUCCAGACGAAAACUUCGUCGUGGACGUCUACAUUCCUCCACCGCACGACCGUGUUUGGUUGAUCGACAUAAACCCUUGGGCACCACGGACGGAUCCACUACUCUUCUCCUGGCUGGAGUUGUUGCAACUACGAAGCCCAGAAGCGUCGGUGGUGAGAUUGAGAAUUGGAGAAGGGCUAGAUAGUGCAAGUCGAGAAGAGGAGGAGGAUGGGGAUGAUGAAGACGACGACGACGACGACGACGACGACGACGAUGUAGUCUUCGAUCCCGAAUUCCGACUCGUGAAACGAGAUGAUCCAGAGGCCUAUCAAUUCUCGGCCACGAAGUACUCUGCGCAUAAACUGCCCAAGGAAGUUGUGGACGCAAGCAUGGCGCCAGGAGACAUGAAGAACAUGAUGGAAGAGUGGAGGAAAGUCAUUGACAAGCAAGUGGAAGAAGACGAUGAUUCGGACGAGGACGAGGGACAUACUUGA